AUGGAAAAGGAAAACAAAGCUGGAGCAGCCAGGAAUGAAAAAGCUGUGAGCUGCUUAUACCAAAAGCCUAAUGCAGUUUUUAGGCUGAUUUGCUUUCCUUGGGCAGGAAGUGGCUCCCUUUAUUUUGCCCAAUGGGGCAAAAAGAUGAAUGACUUAUUGGAAGUGCACUCCAUAAGGCUUGCUGGGAGAGAAAGUCGAAUUGAAGAGCCUUUUGCCACUGACAUCGACCAGAUAGUUGAUGAAAUUGUUUGUGUUCUGCUGCCAGUCCUCCAGGAUAAGCCAUUUGCAUUUUUUGGCCACAGUAUGGGGGCCAACAUUGCUUUUAUGACUGCAGUACACCUAAAAGAAAAACAUAAGCUACAACCGAUGCAUUUAUUUGUGUCAAGUGCAAUUCCUCAUUCAAAGGCCAGGUAUCACUUUCCUGAAGGUGAAGAAUUGACAGACGAGCACAUCCACUCUUUCAUUUUGAACUUGGGAGUCACCCCCACAGAUCCCAAUAAUGAGAAGAAAAUUUCUCAGGAAUAUUUGCCCAGACUGGUGGCAGAUGUACGCAUUCUUCACAAGUUCAUCUUUAAUGCACCAUCUGAGGCCAUUCUAUCUUGUGACUUGACAUGCUUUGUUGGAUCUGAAGAUAUAGUAAAGGAUAUAGAAGCCUGGAAAGAUAUCAGCAGUGGGAGUUUUCAUAUUCAUGUGUGUCCAGGAAAUCAUUUUUAUCUCAUGGAAACUGCCAAUGAGACCUUCAUCAUGAACUACAUAACCAAGUGUCUAGAAAUAUCAAUGCUUGCCUAA